AUGGGACCUCUGAGGACAUCCGUGAUCGUUCUUCUACACCUGGGCGCAUGCAUUGCAGCUCCUGUGCCGUGUGAGGAGAAGGUGGUCCGUUUGGAGACUGAGAUCCAGGACCUGAUAAGUGUGAUCAAUGACCAGCACCGUUACAUCCGGGACCUCCACAACAGGCAGGCCGAGCAGCUGGAGCACAUCCCCAACUCACACCUGGGACCCAGCAACCUGUACAGAGACUGCUCUGAGGUGUUUGCAGGUGGUAAUGUGGCCAGUGGGCUCUAUGUGAUUCGUCCAGACGGCUCUCCCACUGCACUCAGUGUUUACUGUGACAUGAGCACUGGAGGUGGAUGGACUGUCUUCCAGAGAAGGAGAGAUGGCAAAGAGAACUUUGACAGAGCGUGGGUAGAGUACAAACACGGCUUUGGAGACCUCUACUCACCUGAUGGAGAAUUCUGGCUGGGCAAUGAACCGCUACACUAUCUCACCUCCCAAGGAAAGUACGACUUGCGCAUUGACAUGGAGGACUUUGACGGCAAUCAGAGAUUCGCAGAGUACAAGAACUUCAAAGUUGACGAUGAGAAGGACCAGUUCCAGUUGCAUGUGGGCGAGUACAGUGGGAAUGCAGGCGACGCCCUCUCUGACACUCACGACUCCUCCCCUGCUGGGCAGCCAGGUUCGGGGUCAGGUGGGGUCAAAUUCAGCACCUACGAUCUACUCAACAACAGCGACGCCCAUUGUAUCGGACACUCAAAGUCAGGCUGGUGGUUCAGCAGGUGUGAUUCAGGCAAUCUAAAUGGUCACUACUACAACGGGCCGUACCAAGCCAUGACCGAUGAUGGGGUGGUGUGGUACACAUGGCACGGUUGGUGGUACUCCAUCAAAUCUGUGGUCAUGAUGGUGCGAGCCGCCGACCUGGAGGGCCCACCGCCGGUCAUCGCUCCUCUCCUGGGACAACAUGACAGCGACGCAGCAGACAAAUAGGUUAAUGUGUUUUAAAUACAGCAAACACACUUGUGAAAGUCAGGGCUUUUAUCAU